GCGACUUCUCGUGCACCACAGGUGGGAAACGGCCUGUCACUCGGCUGUUGCUUUGAUACUAUCUUUUCUAUCCGACCCCAGGUAAUUGGCUGUUUUGUCCCCGUUGGGAUAGUCUCCCAAAUUUCCUCUCUGUUCCUCCACAGACCAGAAGUUGAUCAACCCCCCGCAACCACGACUUGUUUCAUCUUUCGGAUCGGACGAUUCACCCUCGUCCGACAGAGAAAUCCACAAGGAGCUAUAAAGCUAAACCCUUUCACCCUCAGGAAAGGUAGAUAGGGGCUCAGAUAUAUGCGCUUGAUAGCCGUCGAAUGCACAACAACCGUCCCCCGCGCUCUACAACAGCCCCUCGAUUCGGCAGAAGCAGGCCCGCCGAUUGCCGCCCUCCAAAGAGAUUUGUGGAUAGAUAAUACAAUUGAGGGUCGCGAUUAUCGCGCAAAAGAAAGACAGGCAGGAUGCUUGAUGGCGGAUUGGGCAAGUUGCAUAAGAGGAUGAAGCGGUUUGGUGACACGUUGAACCCCGACGAUGCGUAUUUAAGCUACUAUGACAUUCGAUUGACGAGAGAGGAUAUGCAAUCGCUCAAGAAUGACUGGCUCACAGAUAAUAUCAUAUCCUUUUGGGAGGAAUAUCUGGAACGCGAGUUCCUCGUCAAUUAUAAAUCAUCCAACAUUGUUCUUCUGCGGCCUAGCAUGUCGUUCAUGAUCUUGCAGACACCCAAUCCGCACACACUCCGCGAGGCCUUACCCGACUUCACGCGGACCACGCACGUCUUUCUUCCCAUCAACGACUGUCGCAAUGUUACUGAAGCCGAAGGCGGCACUCACUGGUCGUUGCUUCUCAUAUCCAUUGUUGAUGGAAUAGCCUUCCAUUACGACUCACUCCCUCCCGGGAAUGUAUGGGAAGCCCGGACGGUGACCAUGAAGUUUGGCGCAUUGCUCAAUCGACCCAUUCGAUUCAUUCAUCUACAGGACUCACCGGUACAAGAGAACGGUAGCGACUGCGGCGUGUUUGUGUGUCUGAGUAUGCGGCAUUUGCUGCUGAAAAGGCUGUUGACUGCGAACGCCAGCGAGAAAGUCAGUAUGAGCCUCGGCGGAAUGAAAGUAGAUGCUCGCGGAGGGAGAAAAGAGAUGACCAAGAUCAUUGAUGGCUUCCGAAAGGAAGGUGAACGACGCAGGUCAGCUAGCCUCAGCCCUCUAGGGAAGAAGUCGGCAAGCCCUGGUCCUCCACGAAUUGAAUGAUAAAAGUAUAUCCGGGUCUUGAAAACAAAUGGGUCGGCGAAGGCGUCAAGAGGAUGCGGAGUUCAAGUAUAUGGAUAAUGCAUACGUCAGGGAGGAUAUGGUUACGAAAUAAGGCGGGGACCUUAUCACUUCACGUUUUUUUUUUAAUUCUUAGCAUUUUUUUUUUUUUACGCUCUCAUGGUUUCCCCUCCCUUUUUUCCUUAAUUAUCUUUAUUUCUUCGUUUAUCUCGUGGAAUCCAUCAUAGUACCAACUGCAAUUAGCAUUAACCGCCAUUAUUAAACCUAAACGAAGCCUAUUCUUAAUGUUACAUAAUGUAUUUUACAUGG